UUAAAUCCUCCCUCCUCUCUAUUCUGCCUAUAUAGAGGACUUCAACACCCUGGUCGAUCCCUAUAUCAUCUGCUCCAGGGCCAGUGCCAUCAUCUCCGUCCCCCGCAUCAACAACACAGGUACCUGUCGCAUACCGCUCCACGAACUGCCGUGAUGGAGUGGCUCGGCUUCGCAGACAUUGAAUUCACCCAUGCGCCGUCACCACGGACGGUGCGAGAAAAAGAUGGCAACGUGACGGAUCUGCUUUCCAUUUGCGAAAAGACGACACCACCAUGCCAUCUAAACCCGCUACUUUUCAAUGGCCAUCUGCAGACCAUGUGGACGGCCACCAAGCCUGCCGGACCCAAGGUCUGGUACAAGCGCAAGAUCUUUGAAGCCGACCACAAGACCUACCGGGGCACCUUUGCCGUAGAUUUUGUUGUUGAGCCUUUCGAGGAGGAGGACCCUACAUUGUGUCGACGGACUGUCUAUUACACCAACGAAGAGCUGGAGAAUAUUGGAUCCGACGACACCAAGCCAAUGCUUGUCGUGAUGCAUGGCCUCUCUGGUGGCUCUCACGAGAUUUACCUGAGAGAAGCGAUUGCGCCCUUGAUUGGUGAGGGUGGUUGGGAAGCAUGCGUUGUCAACUCGCGAGGAUGCGCACGAAGUAAAAUCACCAGCGGUGUCUUGUACAACGCAAGAGCAACGUGGGACAUCCGCCAGACGGUGAAAUGGUUGACGGAAAAGUUUCCCAACCGUCCGUUGUUCGGCAUUGGCUUUUCUCUGGGUGCUAACAUGCUCACGAACUAUUGUGGCGAGGAGGGCUCGAAUUGUGUCCUGAAAGGCGCCAUCGCGUGCUCUAACCCCUUCAACCUCGAGGUCUCGAGCAAGAUUCUCCAGAACAGCUAUGUGGGCAAGGAGGUUUAUCUGCGGGUGAUGGGGUCGUCUUUGAAGGAACUUGCACGAAGACAUCGGGAUGCACUGGAACAAUAUAGCAAGGUCGAUGUUGAGGCUGUCCUGGACAUCACCUACUUGACCGAGUUCGAUCGCUUGAUCCAGUGCCCUAUCUGGGGAUAUCCUACCGAAUAUGCAUACUACCGAGAUGCUUCAUCGACUGAUGCCAUUCUAUCCAUCAAGAUCCCUUUCCUGGCUAUCAACUCCGUUGACGAUCCUAUUGCCGUCAAGGAAGCCAUUCCGUUUGAAGAGUUCCAGCAGAACCCAAAUACUGUUCUUCUUACAACAACGCUCGGUGGACAUCUCUGCUGGUUUGAGAUGGGUGGCGGUCGAUGGUUCCCCAAGCCGGUUGCAAACUUCUUGAACCACUUGGCUUUCAAGUGUGAUCUUGACAGCCUGAAGCCCGAGGAAGCAUCAGAGACCGACUUGACACAGGGACAUGGCUAUAGCCCAAUGCGCCGCAAGAUGUUGAUUGUGGAAGAUUAG